AUGCAUCGACAGGCCAUUAGUACGCAAAUCACCCAUACCUGGGGACAAGACCCCGGUGAGGCAGCUGGAGAUAGCUCUGUGAUAGCGCCAUGGCUCGACGACAAUCCAGACAUUACGGCUUCCCUGGAGCCACCCUCGCCCCCGGCUACGAAGCGCAGCUUCCUGAGCUCGAUGUCAUCGCUUCAUGGGUCAUCGCGACAAAUGCAACAUCAGCCGAGCAUCAGCUCAAUCUCCUUGUUCAAGGUCGCAAGGCCUAAUGACCCCCUGGGACCGGCUCUUGCGGCCGAUUCCACACUUGCCCCACCUCCUCCUAUGGGCUAUGGCGAACCUGGUCCAAGUUCUUCUGCGAAUAAAAAGUCCAAGGGAAUUCUCAGCCGGCUGAAGCGCAAGGCAAGCAAGGCCAAUGUGCGUCCCGGCUCUUCAGGUAUGGAUGACGCCAUGGAUGCAUUUCCUUGGGCGCAGUCGAAUUUGACUCUUGCUGGCUCAUCUGCUUCGGCCUCGACUGUUCUCCCCCCUUCCCCUACUACUAUGACUGGUGGCCAAAAGAAGUCUCGGAAAACAUCUCGUGCUCGUGCACCACCCCAGCCAGUAUCCGAAUUUACCCUUGAUACCAAUCUUGACGAGAUGGAAGAUGGCUCGCAUAUUGGGGGUGCUACAAUUAUUGGGAGAACAGGCAUGCCUGGCGUACAGAGCCCAACGGCCGCAUUUUUCACGGACCCGUUUUCCAAUGCCCUCUUCCCUUCAACGCCUUCCACAGGUGGGGUACCGAAACCCCUUCCGGAACCUCCGCUACAAGUAAAUGGGCAUAGACCGGGAUCUCCCACCGCUGGUGUUGGUCCUACAAAUGUCCGAAACAUCCCCUCUCCACCUCUUCCUCGGUCCGACUGGGCUGCGCCGGAGUCGUGGGCUGUCGAUGGCACCGGCCCCCGAGAAGAUGACUAUAGCUCUGAUUCGGAUGAUGCCCUCCCGGCGGUUGGCGGUGUGACCCCUGGCCGAGCUGAUAGCCUUGGCGCUGGGAGCAUCAACAGAUACGGGUACGGAAGGCCACCUGGCAGCGGGGGUGGAGUAGGCAUGCCUUCUAGCGUUGGUUCAUCGGGCAUAAUCAACGGGGGCGGAACAAGGUCGGAUAGAAGGCUCAAUAGUGCUGGGAGCAUGAGGACGUACGGAUCUGUGGCCACAACUGUGCCAGGAACGGGAGUGACCGGUGUUAGCAAGGGUACAAAUGAUGUUAAAGUGCAAAGUAGUAGCGUGAUACAACCUCCGAAUUUAUCGUACCGAUGGGACCUAUCACGUCGCUUCAUGCCCCAUAACGGCCACUGUAGGGAGAUGAACCAUGUACUCGCCAAGAAGCUUAAUAUACCACGCGAGUCACAUAGGUUAUACGUGUGGGAACGUAAUCGAGAAAGGGCCUUGGGCAACAUCGAGAAACCAGCGCUUAUUAUGCGCCGUCGUCUUGAACAAGCUGGCUAUGACGAAAUGGAUCAACUGGAGAUAAUUGGCGGGGAGGACCUUCGGUUUCUGCUCCGCUUUAUAUUCCGAUCUGUCAACUUGGGUGGCCCAGGUAUCGAUGAAGAGGAGCUAUCGUUUGAUAAUUUCGAGCGGGUUGACCUCACUGGCCGUGGACUUCAGACUGUGCCCAUCCUCCUCCAUCGCCACGCGAGUACGAUCACGUUCCUGAAUCUCAGCAAGAACCCGCUUGUCGAUCUUCCUCUGGAUUUCAUUCAGGGCUGCGAUGAAUUGCGGGAGCUACGUUUAUCCACUUGUGCUCUGAAACGGAUCCCCGCUAGCGUACAACAUUCGACAAGUCUGCAUUGGCUCGAUUUGAGCUGUAAUCGUAUAGUCGAUCUAGAGAAUGCAGGACUGGACAAGAUUCCCGAUUUACGCACGAUCAAGCUACAGAACAACAGGCUUACGACCCUCCCCGAAUACUUUGCGCGCCUAAUACGAUGCGAUACUUGA